AAUUUGAUCUCAAUGUGUUGCUGCAGAAUGGACAGUUUUAUGAGGGAUCCCUCCCGGUGCAUCACUGUCCCAGUAUGUCAGGGUGCAGAGCUGUGAUCAAGCAGACCGAUGGUUCUCAUGUUUUCGAUAUAUUGGAGAACUUUGUUCUUUCACUAAAGGAGCCAAACCACAAGUCUAUUUGGCUAGAUUAUUUGUUAGUGAUUCCUGCAGCACAGUAUACUGAAGAGGUGCUGCAUGAACUCCCACAUGAUAAAACUGCAGAAUUCAUUAGGAUCUGUGGAGAGAACAAUUUCAAUGUUCUGGCAAAUGCUACAGGAUUUUGUAAGGAUGCUGCCUUCAAGCUGACAAUGGAUUAUAACAAUGGAGCUCUAGAAUGUGAGUGUGACUUCUAUGGCUCAGAAAGCUUUGAGUGUGAAGAAUUCGGAGGCCAGUGCCCCUGCCGUCGAAAUGUAAUUGGCCGAAAGUGUAAUCGUUGCAAGACUGGUUUCUUUGGCUUCCCUGACUGCAAGCCUUGUGACUGCCCCUCUACUGCACUUUGUGAUCCUGUGUCUGGUGAGUGCAUUUGCCCACCACGUGUUGAGGGUGACAGGUGUGAGCGCUGUGCCCCCUUCACUUACGGAUUUGACCCAAUCAUUGGAUGUGAAGAGUGUCAAUGUUCUCCCCUCGGUGUUAGGGCUGGGAAUCUCCAGUGUGAAUUGGAAACUGGCCAAUGUGAUUGCAAGGACAAUGUAGUUGGAAGAAGGUGUGAGCGGUGUGAAGCUGGGUACUGGUCCUUCCCCUUCUGCCAACUGUGUGACUGUGAUCUGCGAGGAACAGAAGCAGACAUUUGUAACCAGGUAAUGAUUCUGAGAGACAAGUGCCGACCCUGUGAGUGCAAUGAAAACAUUGAAGUUGAAGAUCCUUUCGCUUGUGAUGACAUUACUGGACGCUGUCUAAAUUGCUUGAAUAACACCUAUGGAGACUCCUGUGAACGGUGUGCGCCAGGCUUCUAUGGUGAUGCUGUUACCCUAAAGAACUGUGAGAAUCAUCAGUUGAGACCUGACUUUCUACAAGGCACCAUGAUGCCUGCGAUAUGUUAUCUCACUCUUAUAGUGAUGCUGUCUUGUGCCAUUCUCGAGAUCGAGUCUAUAACACUGGCGAUCGAGUCUGGAUCCCAAGAUAUGGUCAAUCCAGGACAUUCAGGAGCCACAAGCAGUGAGCAUAGUGAUUUGGCACUGAGAGAAGUCGCCAGAGUGUCAACGCAAAACAAUUCCUCAUGUAGAGUCUCCUAUGGACUGACACCUAUGGGACGCUGA